AUGGUAUAUCGGGAAAAGGACAUUGAUGGCGGGUCGCCGCCAACAUCAUUCGAUCGCGUCGAGACCGGAACCGCAUACGAUAAUGCCCUCGUCUGUCCGCCACACACCACCGAGCGCAAACUAGUCAACAAGAUCGAUUUCCACGUCGUACCGUUCCUGUGUAUUCUCUACUUGCUCGCCUUCCUCGAUCGAGUCAACAUUGCGAAUGCCAAUGUCGCCGGCAUGUCAGCAGAACUAGGGCUAGAGGGUCAUGAGUACAACAAUGCUCUUGUUAUCUUCUUUGCCCCUUACAUCAUCUUUGAAAUCCCUUCGAAUAUCCUACUCAAAAAGUUCAAGCCGCAUGUGUGGCUCUCAGCCUGCAUGUUCUUAUUCGGACUUACGACAACUCUGCAAGGGGUGGUUACGAAUUACUCUGGCUUAUUGGCAACUCGCUUCUUCCUGGGUGUUUUCGAGUCUGGAAUGUUCCCUGGUUGCUUUUACUUGCUCAGUUCGUGGUACCUGAGAACAGAAGCGCAAAGGAGAUACAGUUUCUUCUUCUCGAGUACAACACUUGCCGGUGCUUUUGCUGGUCUGCUCGCAGCAGCUAUUGGCAAGAUGGAUGGUAUUGCAGGCUACAAAGGUUGGAGAUGGAUAUUCAUCCUCGAAGGCAUCCUUACUUGCGUUGUUAGCGCUGCCUUCUUCUUCGUCCUUCCAGAUUUCCCUGAAGACAGCAAAUGGCUCUCUGACGACGAGAGAACAUAUGUCAUCAACCGCCUCCGCAGCGAACAAGGAGCCUCGGCCGUCGAACGCAAGAUGGGCAUCAAAGAUGUCGGCAACGUGUUCAAAGAUUACAAGGUCUUCCUCGGAGGCUUCAUGUACUUCGGUCUCAUUGUACCCGCCUACUCCUACGCCUACUUCUCCCCCUCGAUCAUCAACGGCUACGGCUACGGCAAAAUCCAAACGCAACUGCACAGUGUUCCUCCAUGGGCAGCCGCCUUUGCUUUUGCCAUGAUCCUCGCUUACCUAUCCGACAAAACGCGCCAUCGCUUUGGCUACGCAGUUUUUGCCGUCUGCGUUGCAAUCGUCGGCUUUGCGAUUUUGAUCUCCGUACACGACAACAGGCCUCUCGAAUACGCAGCUCUGUUCCUCGUGGCCAUGGGGUGUUAUUCCGCCAUGCCGAUCAUCGUGUGCUGGUUCAACAUGAAUCUCGGCGGCCACCACCGCCGCAGCGUGGGUUCAGCCUUCCAGGUCGCCUUUGGCAACAUCGGCGGCAUCAUCGCCGUGUACUGCUUCCUCAAAACCGAUGCGCCGCUCUACACAAAGGGCUAUUCCAUCUGCAUUGCAUUUACUUGUCUGAGCGUCAUCAGCUGUAUAGCUUACUACAUAGCUUGUGUGACGCAGAAUAGGAAAAGGGAAAAGACGGUCACGGAUGUGGGGUUGACCGAGUACGAAAAGACGGAGUUGGGGGAUUUGAAUCCUGAGUAUAGGUAUUUGGUUUGA